UUGCCUGAACCCUGCGCUCUAUCUUUCUGCUUCCGGGUCGAAGCCAUGGCGGUGGCAAAUUCAAGCCCUGUCAACCCCGUGGUAUUUUUUGAUAUCAGCAUUGGCGGCCAGGAAGUUGGCCGCAUGAAGAUCGAGCUCUUUGCAGACGUUGUGCCUAAAACGUCCGAGAACUUUAGGCAGUUCUGCACAGGAGAAUUCAGAAAAGAUGGGGUACCGAUAGGAUACAAAGGGAGCACCUUCCACAGGGUCAUAAAGGAUUUCAUGAUCCAGGGUGGAGAUUUUGUUAAUGGAGAUGGCACUGGAGUCGCCAGUAUUUACCGAGGACCAUUUGCAGAUGAAAAUUUUAAACUAAGACACUCAGCACCAGGCCUGCUUUCCAUGGCAAACAGUGGUCCCAGUACAAACGGCUGCCAGUUCUUCAUCACCUGUUCUAAGUGUGAUUGGCUGGAUGGGAAGCAUGUGGUGUUUGGAAAAAUCAUUGAUGGACUUCUAGUGAUGAGAAAAAUUGAGAAUGUUCCCACAGGCCCCAACAAUAAACCCAAGCUGCCUGUGGUGAUCUCACAGUGUGGGGAGAUGUAGCCCAGACCAAGACUGAAUCAGGCCUCCCUUUCUUCUGGGUGAUGUUCUUGAUAAAAAUCAUCUGGAUUGGCCCCUGGGUUUGCUUCCCUGCCUGCUGCUGCUCCAUUUGAUCAAGAGACCUUGGAAGUAUCACAAAUUCAGGACACAAGAUUUUCUGUGUUUAAGUUUUCAACUGUAAAUAAAGGGUUUUUUUUGUUGUU